AUGGAGGUCUGCAACUCCACCUCUGGAAAUGGCUUCAUCUUAGUGGGGAUUCUGGAUGACAGUGGUUUUCCUGAACUGCUCUGUGCCACUAUCACAGCCCUGUACUUUUUAGCCCUGACCAGCAAUGGACUGUUACUCCUGGUUAUCACCAUGGAUGCCCGGCUCCAUGUUCCCAUGUAUCUUUUGCUCUGGCAGCUCUCUCUCAUGGACCUCCUCCUUACAUCAGUUAUCACUCCCAAGGCUGUAAUAGAUUUUCUCACCAAAGACAACACCAUCUCUUUUGGGGGCUGUGCCCUUCAGAUGUUUUUGGAACUGACACUGGGUAGUGCAGAGGACCUCCUUUUGGCCUUCAUGGCCUAUGACAGGUAUGUGGCCAUUUGUCAUCCUCUGAACUAUACGAUUUUAAUGAGUCACAAAGUCUGCUGGCUCAUGAUAGCCACAUCAUGGAUUCUGGCAUCCCUCAGUGCUCUAGGAUAUAGCAUCUACACCAUGCAAUAUCCUUUCUGUAAAUCCAGGCAGAUCAGACACCUGUUCUGUGAGAUUCCUCCAUUGCUGAAGUUGGCCUGUGCAGAUACCUCCAGAUAUGAGCUCAUGGUUUAUGUGAUGGGAGUGACCUUGCUAAUUCCCCCUCUUGCUGCCAUCCUGGCUUCCUACUCACUAAUUCUGUUCACUGUACUCCACAUGCCCUCAAAUGAGGGCAGGAAGAAAGCUCUUGUCACUUGUUCUUCCCAUCUGACUGUGGUUGGGAUGUGGUAUGGGGGUGCCAUGGUCAUGUAUGUCCUGCCCAGUUCCUUCCACAGCCCCAAACAAGAUAAUAUCAGCUCAGUUUUCUACACAAUUUUCACUCCAGCUUUAAAUCCUCUCAUCUACAGCCUGAGGAAUAAGGAGGUCCCAGGGGCUUUGAGGAGAGUCCUGGGGAAAAGGUUGUUGUCAGUACAGUCUACAUUCUAGA